ACAUUUAAAAUUUUGUGAAAAAAAAAACCCUACAUUUAAAAUAAAUUUUUCUUUGCUCUACUUUUCACCACUUUUGGGUUGUAAUUAGAAGAAAGUUAAAAUUAACUAUUUAUUUAAUUUAUUUAAUAAAUAGUAAAAAAAAAGGAACAAGUUCUGUCUUUCUUCUUUCUACUGCGCGUUUCAUGAUCACUCACCGCCUCUCCCGUCUCAUCUCGCCGUCCGACAACGGCACUCUUCCAUAACCUCUAUCCCUUCAACAAUUAUCUUCUUUUCACUUUAUCUUCUUUUUUCUCAUCACUACGCAAUUUCCGAUUUUGAUCUACUUCGUCAAAACUGAAAAGUUGAAGUUGUAAUUGGUGGGGUACACUAGUGGAGCCAUCCCAGGUCUCUAGAAGCUUCCAAAAUCUGGUAUCGUUUUUCAAUUUUGGUUUUUCUUUUUUUACAAUUUCUAAUAUUACUAAGGACUGAAAUGCAAAUAACUUAUGAUGGUCCACCAAAGACCACAUUUUUCGAUCUUAUACAUUACCUAUUCUUAGGAUUAUCAUUCAAACUUCAUCUUCUUCCUUAGCCAAUAACACUGCGUUACCCUCUCAUCUCACUCUCACAACCCACAAUGCAGAUUAUUGAUUGAAAACAACAAAAAAGACAACAUUUGUAUCUGCAAAACUUUUUUUUUUUUUUAAGGUUGUUUUGUUAGGUGUUUCUUCUGUUGAAAUGUCUUGCACAAUGUUCAGAACCUUCCAAGUUCACCCUUUUCUACUCUAUCCAACCUCAAUACUCAAACGAAGAAAUGGGUUUUUGUAUUCAACAACAAUUCCCAAAGCCACACAAUCAUCCCAAACAGAAACCAAAGUUUCAACAAGUAGUCAAUCAAAAAACCUUUAUAAAAUCCCAAAAGAUUAUGAAGCUGUCAUUGGUAUUGAAACUCAUGUUCAGCUUUCUACACUCACAAAAGCCUUUUGUAAUUGUCCUUACAGUUAUGGCUCAUUUCCUAAUAGUAGCAUUUGUCCUGUUUGUAUGGGUUUACCUGGUGCUUUGCCUGUUUUGAACAAUAAGGUUAUUGAAUUCGCGGUUAAAUUGGGACUUGCUCUUAAUUGUAACUUGGCUUUUAAUUCCAAGUUUGAUAGGAAACAGUAUUUUUAUCCUGAUCUUCCAAAAGGGUAUCAGAUUUCUCAGUUUGAUGUGCCAAUUGCUGCUUCUGGUUUUCUUGAUGUUGAUAUUCCUUUGGAGUUCGGUGGGGGGCAUAAGAGGUUUGGCAUUACAAGGGUUCAUAUGGAAGAGGAUGCAGGGAAGCUAAUGCAUACUGAAAAAGGAAAUUAUUCUCAGGUUGAUCUAAAUAGGGCAGGGGUACCUUUGCUAGAGAUAGUUUCUGAGCCUGACAUGAGAAAUGGUAUUGAAGCAGCAGAAUAUGCAGCAGAAAUACAGAGGUUGGUUAGGUAUUUGGGAGUGAGCAAUGGCAAUAUGCAAGAAGGUUCUCUGCGCUGCGAUGUAAAUGUAUCCGUACGACCCAUUGGGCAGUCAAAGUUUGGGACAAAGGUUGAAGUAAAAAAUUUGAACUCAUUUUCAUCAAUGAGCCGAGCUAUUGAUUUUGAAAUUUCAAGGCAGGUCCUACUUCAUAGUCAAGGUCAAGAAGAUCAGAUUGUACAGGAAACUCGACUCUGGGAAGAAGGCUCUCAGAGAACAAUUACAAUGAGAAAAAAGGAAGGGCUCGCUGAUUAUCGAUAUUUUCCAGAACCAGACCUUCCAUCAGUAAUACUUUCCCAAGAAUAUGUGGAUGGUAUUCAAACUUCUCUACCGGAGCUUCCUGAAGAAAAACGUAGAAGAUAUGAAAAGAUGGGAUUAGGCAUGCAAGAUGUUAUUUUCCUAGCUAAUGAUAAAAAUAUUGCAGAAUUUUUUGAUGCUACUCUUGCGAAGGGUGCCGAUGCAAAGUCGGCUGCCAAUUGGAUAAUGAGUGAUAUUGCAGCGUUCAUGAAAAAUGAAAAGUUGACCAUAAAUGACAUAAAGCUAACACCUGAAGAGUUGUCUGAGUUGAUAGCUUCCAUUAAAGGUGGAAUCAUCAGUGGCAAGAUUGGGAAGGAGAUACUAUUUGAGCUGUUAGCCAAGGGUGGAAGUGUCAAGGAAAUCAUAGAAAAGAAAGACUUGGUUCAGAUAACAGAUCCCGUUGAAAUUGAAAAAAUGGUGGUCAAAGUGAUUGAAGAGAAUCCAAAACAGUUAGAGCAAUAUCGAGGAGGAAAAACUAAACUACAAGGUUAUUUUGCUGGACAGGUUAUGAAGGCAUCUAAAGGCAAGGCAAAUCCAGGUCUACUUAACAAGAUUCUCUUGGAGAAAUUGAAUUCAACAACCUGAUGCUAAUAUAUGCACGCCUUCAAUCUGAAGUGUCGGUGCUACGUAGUUAAUUGCCAAUUGCAAACGAAAUAUAAAAUUGGAAGGUUCGUGUGUUGCCCAACAAGACAAGGUGAUUUGUUAUAUUGGCUGAAUAGAUUUCUGAUUUUAGAAAUAGACUUGAUGAAUUUUGAGGAUUAAUAGGUCAAACUUAAAUAGCUUCCCAAAGCAUGAGGUUAAUAUCCCCAAUUAAUGUAUUGAUUGAAUAUUUCUUCAUCUAUCAUGGUUUUGGAUUAUGUAAAGAGAAUAAUUUGGUGUUCUCUCUUGCCUAAACAAUAAUAAGAGAGGAAAUGUGAUAUUAUUUUGUUAA